GAAGUGGGAGAGUGCAGUAAACAGUAAAUCGCUGGGAAAGAUAACACUCCCAAGGAGAAAUAACACGAUCCGCGAUAUAAUCCAGGAAGGGAUUCCCAGGAAUCACUGCUCCAUCGACCCAAAUGCGUCUCACAAUGCAUUUCGUAUUGAAUAUCAACGCCUCAGCAGUCAACGAUUGCCUGCUAACUCAUCAAUCCUGUUGAGCGCAUUAAACCUUUCAAUCCCCUUUCAAAACUCAUCAGUAUUCCCCGGCCCCUCGUAAUAAUUCAACAGCCGACGUCAACUGAAUUUUACGAGGCUCCUAAACCCACUCCAAGUACCAUCGCCUAAAACUAUUUAUUCAGCGGAGUUAUAUGAAGCAAUCCUGAGAAAGUUUUCGUGACGUUAGUGUAUGCUGGGACAGUGCCAGAAAAUUGAUACGAGUUCAGACCAGUGUUUUCUAUUUUCUUAUUCUCCAUUUGCUUGAGAGGAUGACGGCUGGGAAAGUAAUCGAUUUCGACGAUCUGGACAAAGACAUUCAGGAACUGAUCCACGAGGCUAUGAACGUGAGGGAGAAGGCAUACUGUCCCUACAGCAACUUCCAAGUGGGUGCUGCAUUGAGGUGCGAGGAUGGUACGAUAUCAACUGGCUGCAACGUGGAGAACGCAGCAUUCGCCGCCGGCGUCUGCGCUGAGAGGGCCGCGAUAUCGAAAGCCAUCUCCGAAGGGAAGAGGAAAUUCAGUGCUCUCGCUGUGGUAGCUAAAUCCGUCGAUGGGGCUGCCACGUCGCCCUGUGGCGUCUGCCGACAGAUGUUGGCGGAAUUCGGGGACAUUCCCAUUUAUCUGGCACCUCCCGACAUGAAGAAAGUCCUCAGAACCUCGUUGAGAGAACUCCUGCCCUUUUCGUUCGGACUCAAUGGAGUUAUAUUCGAGUAGACGACAAUUUAUAUCACAACGCAAUUCAUAAUAUGUGGGAAUUAAUUGACGAAUAAUUAAUGGGCACAUAUUAUGAGGAAUGAAUUAUUUCGGCACUCAUACAUAUCGUAUUAUUUUAUGUAAGAAUGACAGAAUUGAUCUUCCAUCUGAAUUUAUUUAAUCUUCUGAUGCAAAAAUCAUAUCACUUGUUCAUCUUUCAGCUCAUUCGGAAAUUCGUUAGUGCAGUGGUGAAUUCAUUACAGUAUUUCUUAUAAUUACCUGUCUCAGAAAAUAUUCAAAUUCGGUUGUUGCACCAUUUUUUCUAUUGAAUGAAAUAAUGAAACAUGAGAAUUGAAUUAAAAACAUUACAUACGUACUUUUAUAUCCAGAGAAAUCAUGAAAAAUCAAUCCUCAAUCACCUAAAGUUUACCAAUAUUUCAUUAAUUGUUUGAAAAAAAUAACAAUAAAAAAAAAUGAUUUAACAAUGGAGACAGUAGUGUAUCAUUUCACCACUUCACUAAUUAAUCAAUCGACUCCCACCCGUGUCACUCGCAAUAAUACCCAAAUUACACAAACAUCCAAAAUCUAAAUUACAAGCUUAAUAAAAAUACAACUGUAACUAUAUACAAAAUCGCGUAUUAACAUUGUACUAUAUACAGCAUUCGUGGAGUGACAAUUGAAAAUAAUUUGACUGAAGCAAUUUAAUCUGUGGAAAUGCAUCGUUGAGCCCAAUUCAUCAACUCAUUAAUAUUGGAAGCCUCCACUGAAUUACCAGAAUGGACACCUGUGGAAAUAAAAAAUGUAUAAUGCACAUCUUGCAAA